GAGCCGCGCGGCCGGAGGCGCUCGGCAGCCGCGGCGGGGAACGGGGCUCCGCGUCCGGGCCGGGGAGAGGCCGGGACCCCGCUGCGAGUGCCCGGGGCACGGGGCCGGGCACAGCCCGCUGGGCACGUCGGGCAACACGGGCUCAGCCGGUACCGGCGUGCGGGGACUGAGCGGGGCAGCUCCCGCAGUGACCGCGCGUCCCGUAGUGCCGGUGGGAGCACCGGGACGCGGGGCCCGGCGCUGCCCGCGGGUCGGAGGGUCCGCUUCCACUCGGUUCGUGGUCACACGUGUCCGGCCCCGGCCUCCCCCGGUACCGCGGACAGGUGCCAGCCUCGAGUCAUCUGCGGGAGACCCCUCGCGUAGUCCUGCUCUGGACAGCGCGGUGGUGCCCGCAGGUGCCCGAGGAGGUGUCAGGGCACGGCCAGGAGACACGGCGUUAUGCACGGCCCCGAGCAGCCCCCGGGAUGCCGGGACACUCGCUCUCAGCUCUGGGCUCCCCGGCGUGAGCGGCGAGAGGUGCGCAGCCCCGGGGGUGGGACGCGUGUUGGGGGGGCGGAGGGGGCAAGCUGAACCGAGCGAGGGUGCAUCCUCGCUUGGAUCGCUCUGAUGCCGACCUGGGAAGAGCUGCGGAGCCCAUCAGCGGCCGGGGCUCUUCCAGCCGUGCCUGGGGCUGCUCCCACUCGCACCGCUGUCAGACGGCCGGGGCUGCGGGGCUGCCAUUCCCUUGCGGUGCCCAGGAGCCCGGCUGAGCCCUGCCUGUUCUCCCCACGAGAGUGCGGAGCAAACGCGGUUCGCCGCGGGGAUCGACCUUCUCCCUCCCGCUGCACUCGUUGGAUUCCGGGGCCGUGCUGCCGCCGGAUGGGAGAAGCCUGUACUGCAGCCCGGCUCCGCCGCACUCCCGUUCCCUCUCCCGGGGCAGAUGCUCUCGCUCGGACCGGGGCGGCGGAGCGCGUUCCACCACCGGCGGUGCGCGGCUCCCAGGGGGCGGGCGGUGCCCGGGCCGGGCCGGGGCCGAAGGGACGGCAACCCCGCACCGUGGGCCCCACGGCUGUGUCACCUCCUGGCUCCGGGCCCGCCGCCUGCGAGGGCCCCCGUCCCGUGCCGAUGUGCUGCUUGGGCUGAGGGGCCGCGGCGGGGCGGCAGGACAGGGACGGGGGGCCCAGGUUCCGCCCGACGGGGCCACGGGACCCUCGAAUGGCCCCUCUGGGGGUGCCGGCCUGGGAAAACCAUGACCUGGCAGCAGUGGCUGGCACGGGGCCACGGGACGCCAUGGGAGCAACGUGCUGCGUGGGUCGUGCUUGGCCAGGAUGGGGAUACGGCAGGGGCCUGCUGCCAGCCCAGCCCGGUGCUCGGACCCCAGAGUGGGCUGGAGGGCCUGGCAGUGCCCAUGGCAGCCCCUCGGCAUGGCAUGGCUCAGUGCCACCCAUGCAGCAACAGGGCCUCGGGGCUGGUGAGCAUCUCCUCAAGGGCUGGGGGGAGUUUGUCUCCUCACCCCGGCAGCACCCUGGCUGCUUCCACCCAUCAUUAGGCCAGCAACGCUCUCUGCAGCAUGUCCCAUCUCAAUGCUUCUCCACCACGGAGCACUGGGGAGAAAGCCAAGGGGAAGUCCCUGCUGCAGGAUGCCACCGAGCUCCAAGGGGACAGCCCUGUCCCUGUGUGGCUGGGUCAGCAGGCGGCGGGUGGGAGCACUGGGGUGGAAUGGUCUUGGAGAGAGCAGUGUGCUGAUGUGCUGUGUCCCCAUGGGAAACACCCGUCCCACCCUUCAGCCGCACUGUUCGGGGCUGUGUGCCUCAGCUUCCAGGCAGCAUGGUGGGCAGGCAGUGUGGGGCUCGGGGGUGGCUGCACCAGGGGACCCUGUGCUAAUGGAUUUGGAGCUCCUGAGGUCAGGCUCCCACUGCCAGGAAGAAAAACAUUCCCAGGGAAGAGCCAUGGGAAAAGGGCCCCCACUCUGUGGCACUCCCAGCCACUGCCUUAUAACACAGCCUGGCAUCCUGGGCUGCUCGUGUGAAGAGCCGGCCUGCGUCCUCCCAAGGAGAGGUGCUGGGCAAAGGCCCUUCUGCCAGCAUCCCCAGGGAGGGGUGCACGGGGGGUGUGGGUGUGUAGUCAAUGGGGAUGGGAUGCACGGUGGGGCGCUGGGAGAUGAGAGAGGGGAUGAACUGCUUGGUGGGACAAUGGUGUGCCAGCUGCUGGGCUGCACAAUUCCCAUUGCACAAGCACUGACACACACCCUAUGCUUGCAGCCAGCAUGGAGCAGCAAGCAGGACCACCAAAGCCAAGACCUGCAGGACUCAGCACGCAUCCACAGCCCAAGGAGGGGAUGCUCUGGGGGGUCCUCGCCAUCCUGUCGCUGCUGGCCGGGCUGGUGGCCGGCACCGUGCGGACCCCACACUGCAACGAGACGCUGGAUGCAGCCCCCACACCACGGGGCAUGGCCACUGCCAGUGUGGAGGACGGCGUGGAGGUGCCUCUCGCCUGGAGCCAGCUGCACGGUGACAACGUGACGACGGGAGCCCCAGGUGGCACGGAGCUGGCGGAGGACCUGCUGCUGCGAGCCGAGCGCUCACCGACGGGCACCGGCAAAGCCAAGAAGGGACAACGGAAACCUUCGCGUGGUGCCCGAGGGCGCAACUGCCACAUCCGCAACCUGAUGGUGAAGGUGCGCGACCUGGGGCUGGGCUUCAACUCGGACGAGAUCGUGCUGUUCAAGUACUGCAGCGGGUCGUGCCACCGGGCACGCAGCAACUACGACCUGACGUUGGGCAGCCUGUUGCGGCAGCAGCUCAUCGUGCCGGGGCCGCAGGAACGCGUGCUCAGCCACCCCUGCUGCCGGCCCACUCGCUACGAGGCCGUGUCCUUCAUGGAUGUGCAGAACACGUGGCAGACGGUGGAGAAGCUCUCGGCGGCCGAGUGCAGCUGCAUCGGUUGAUGGGGAGCUGCCGGCUCGGCCUCGGCUCGAUGCACUCUGCCGAUCCCCAGCCUGGAGGGAGGCAGGAGGGUGGUCCCGGUGUGACACGGCCACGAGGGACCGAGGUGACACGGUUGCGGCGGACGGGGGUGGUUCUGAAACCGAGCCCCUCCGCUCAGUGCCAAGCAGAGCCGGGGGGUGCGCCCCCACCUGGGAGAGAUGGAGGGGAUGGGGCAUCCCUGUGCCGGACUGCUGACCCCACAUCCCCGCGAGCAUCGUGAGCGGGGCAGGAGGGAGCACCCGGGGGGGCUCCCCGAGGACAGGGGCCAACGUGCAGCAGAAUGGGGCGACGCUCAGCCCCAGCCCCGGGUCCCUGCCCGGCUCCGAGGGUCCCCGCGGCGCUGCGGCACUCAACUAUUUAUUGCUCUAAGUUAUUUAUUUAUUGUUCUCGAGCGGCAGCUCCUAUUUAUGACUUUGGGCCCGCGGGGCCGGGUGUCAUGCAACCCCAGCGCUGAUGCGAAGCCCCGGCCUCGGGCUCCUCGUGCCCGCAGCGUGGUUUUUUUUUUUUGUUUUGGUUUUUUUUCUAUUAUUUGUUAUAUAAAAAAAAAAAAAAAGAAGGAAAAUAACGGGAGGAUAAACUCUAUUUUUGUACAGCCGCCUUUUCCUGUAGCAAUAAAGCGAUGGGCCGCACGGCCGA